AUGGGGAAAAUCGCACAUCCGGUCUCCGAUGAACCACAGGUACCGAGUGGUCCACAGCUGAAAGAAUGGGAAAACGUAAGACAGCAACACGUUAAGCAUGCUAGCGGCGAUACUGGCCAUAAACAAGACAUGUACGACGGGAGUAACAAGUCAUUGGAUCAGGAUGGAUCCGAGAAAAAUGAUCAGGUCAACUACAAUAAUAUGGACACUGUCUCUCGAAUGGUCACCAGAGAGAUGAUGACCUCGACACCGGAUUCGGCCAGUACGUAUGCUGCCUCAAUGAGCGAUGAGCUCGUGCAUGACGACAAGCCCAACGCUCCAUAUACGUUAUUAAACGGCUGGCAGAAAUGGGCAAUGGUAGGCCUGCUUACGUGUGGAGGGUUUUGGUCUUCGUUAGGAUCACCCAUCUACUAUCCAGCAUUGAAGCAACUGGAAAAGCAAUUCGACAUCGACGAAGAACUUGUCAACGUCACAGUGGUAGUGUACCUUCUUUUCCAAGGUAUUGCUCCGUCAAUUUCUGGUGGUCUUGCAGAUGUUUAUGGCCGCCGGCCCAUCAUCCUGUUGGGGAUGUUGAUUUACGUUUGUGCAUCCAUAGGACUGGCUUGUUCGCAUUCCUAUGGCGUUAUAGUGUUUUUGAGGUGUCUGCAAAGUACAGGAAUCUCUCCGAUCAUUGCGAUCAAUUCUGGUGUCGCAGGCGACUUCACUUUGAAGCAUGAAAGAGGCACUUUUGUCGGCGCUGUAUCUGGGUUUACUUUAUUGGGACAGGCUUUUGGGUCUUUGAUCGGGGCUGCUUUAACUGCCGCGUAUGAUUGGAGAGCCAUUUUCUGGUUUUUGGCUAUUGGCUGUGGUACUUGUCUGAUCAUCAAUUCUCUUCUGCUCCCAGAAACGAAAAGGACUAUUGUGGGGAACAUGUCUUUGACGCCCAAGAGCUUUAUACAUCGGGCGCCCAUAUUCCUUCUCAAACCUUUCAAGAAACAAUUCAAGCUAUCCCACCCUGAUUAUGAGACUCUGGAUCUCAACAGGCCUAAAUUAGACCUCAUUUCAACGUUCAAGAUUCUAGCACACCCCGAAAUUCUGAUGUCGUUGAUGCCUGCAGGCCUACAAUUCGCGUUAUGGACGCUAACUCUCACUUCAAUCUCAUCUCAGUUAACAGCCGCUCCAUACAAUUACAAGCUUACCACAGUGGGUAUCUGCUAUCUGCCCAGUGGUAUUGGUGGUUUGAUCGGGUCCUUUGUGACCGGGAAAGCUAUAGACAUUUACUACAAGAGGGCGGUAAGAUCAUUCGAGGAACAGAAAGAGCAGGGACUCAUACCUCCGGACGAAAAAUUCAACACUCUCAGAUCGCGACUAUUCACUUCCAUUCCCCAGAACUAUAUUUCGGUGGUUGCAUUUACACUUUUCGGAUGGAGUAUGCAGAGGGGCUGGCACGUUGCCGUUCCCCUCAUUACAUCCGCGAUAGGGUCUUUCUGUGCGAUGAGCACACUUUCGUCAUCGUCCACUUUGCUGGUUGAUUUGUACCCAAACCGUUCGUCUACUGCCACCAGUAGUUACAACUUCGUGAGAUGCUCUCUGAGUGCCAUUUUCAUGGCUUGCCUUGCCAAAAUGAACAAAGCUUUGACCAUUGGCGGAACAUUUACGCUGAUAAGCGGUUUCGUUUUAAUUGGGAAUAUCAUCACUUUGAUUCCUAUGAGAUAUGGAAUGAAGUGGCGCGAGGAAAGAGCACUACGAGCGGAACGUAAAGCAAUGACGAACGAAUGA